AUGAGACCUCAAUCUCCUAAGAUGUUCCAAACCUAAACUAUUGCUACAACUCGCGUCGUUAGUUCGCCAACCAGAGAAUCACGCUAAGAUUCGUGUGGUAGACUGGCCAAAGUCACAACCUGCCAAACCAGGCCAAAGGCUAUUGUUACUACUUCAACUAAUAAGCCAGCUAUUGAAACAAGAACAGUUGUUCUUUGCACUGACAAGAAAUGCUAGGGACAUGAAAAUCUCAUAGAACAAUUAACCUAGGAUAAUAAUAAAUUAAAUUAACGAAUACAUGAAUUGGGACUUUAAAUAGAUAAGUACGACAGUGAACAAUAGACCUGGAUGAGCACUGCAAUUGAAAUUGAGAGUAUGAGAAAAUUGCUUGAAGAAACCUAAAAGAAUCAUCAACAAGAAGUCUCUUAUCUCAAUUCUGAAAUUCUAAAUUACAAGACUACCUGUCAAUAUUAAGAGGAUAAAAUUAAAACCCUUAAUUCUUAUAUGAACUCAAAGCAACAAAUCGAAGAAGAUUAUUUGACACUAUCCUAAGAAAUGGAAAGAUACAAAUUCAUAAUUCAAGAUAAAGUUGAUCUAUUACAACAGUAGGACUACAGGAUUUAAGAUUAUGAGAAGCAGCUUUAAGUUGGUGAAAAUGUAAUUGAGGAACGAAAUUAACAAAUAUCAUUGUUGUUAGGAAAAAUAAAUUAAUACGAACAAGAGUUUGUCACAUAAAAUGAUAUCAUACACUAAUUGAAAUUGGAGAUCUAGUAAAAGGACAUCCAAAAUCAACAACUAUUAUAAUAGAAGGACUCUUUAAUUUCUAAUUACAGAGAAAAUCUUGAUCUUCUGGAACAAAGAGUUCAGUAGGAUCAACUAAUUGAUAAUGAAAAGAAUGAAAAGUUAGUUGAAUUGCAUAAUGAUAAAGAAAACUUAAAUUCAGUGAUAGCAGAUUUACAAUUGCAAUUAACAAACCUCUAAGAAUAAAAUAUUCAUCUCAAUGAAUAAGUAACAUUAAAUGAUCAGGCAAAUGUUCAUCUCCUAUCUUCAAUUGAGGAUCAGACAAAGAAUUUUGAGUUAUAAUUGCAAAGCCAAGUAGAUUAACAUUAAUAAAGAAAUUAAGAAAUAUUGGAUUUAUAAACAGAAUUAUAUUAAACUAAAUUAGAAGUUGAGAAGAAAGACAAUUUGAUAAUUUCUUUAAAUGAUCAAAUCGACGAUCUCACUACUUAGAUGAAUGAUAAAAUAGAAUUACUUCAAUGGGAUGUAACAUAAUAAAUUGCAUAAACAGUUUUGUAUAAUAAUAAAUAGUUGUAAAAGUAUUUAAUUAUUAAUGAAGAACUCAAAAUAGAAUUAAACCAAAGAAAAACUAAUGAAAAAUCAGCUUAAAAUGAUUUGGAGAAGGAGAUAGAAAAUAAAAAUUAAUUAUUAGAAUCCUUAAACUAAUUAACAGCUUAAAUUCAAGAAUUAGAAAAAUCAUAAAACCUUUUAGAGAAUGAAAUAUAGAAGAAAUAGCAAUAAAUUGAAGAUUAAAAAUCUUAAAAUGAAGAAGAGACUGAGAAGUUUUCUGAUUUAGUGAAUUCAUUACAAAAAUAAGUUGAGGAAGUCUUAGAAGAAAAAUCAAAUUUAGAAAACUAAUUAACCUAACUUGAAAAUGAAAAAUAAAUGAAAAUCCAUUAACUAGAGGAGAGUUUAUUAGAGUUCAAGUAGAAUGAAGAUAAGAUUGUAUAGGAAAAGUAAUAAUCAUAGGAAUAAUUAUUACUCUAAUGUUUAGAAGUGCAGAGACUUUAAAAUGAAAACAAAUUAUUAAAGGAGAAAUUCUAAUAAUAAGAUGAGGAAAUUGAAAAAUUAAAUCAAAAAUCAACUUUGGAAAAUGAAAAUAAAUUAUUACUAACUAAGGAACAAGAUUAAUAAAUUUGUGAAUUUUAGGUCUAAAUUAAAGAUUUAAGCAAUUAAUGUGGAACACUUAAAUCAGAAUUAAAAUAAUAAGUAGAGCUAAGUGGAGAAUUACAAAAGAAAAUAUCAUUUUACUAGGCCUAGAUAUCACAUUUACAAGAAGUCGAAUCAUAAUUGAGAUACUUAAAUGAAUAAAAUACUUAGCAAUAGAAAAAUCUAUAAAAGGAAUUAGAUGUAAAGAAUGAAACAGAAAAUACACUGAAAUAUAAACUAGAUACUUUGUUAGAGGAUAUUAAGGUUAAACAAAUGCAAUUAAUAGAAUUAGACAGGCAAUUAUAACUGGUAGAAUAAACUAAUUAGAAGUAAUAAGUAAAUCUUGAAGACAAAAUUAACUAUCUCCAAAAUGAAGUAGAAAUGUGGAAAGAAAAGUUCGUUAUUUUGAAUAGAGAUUAUCACAGAGUGUAAGAGGACUUGAUGAUGGUUUAAGCUGAAUUUGAUGCAUUCAAAAGGCGAGGAUUAGAGUUAAAGAAUAUUAAGGAAUCAACUUGUUUUGAAGUAAGAAAGUCCUCUUUAUAUAAAGAGAAUAUUGACAUCAAAGGCAGUUAGACAUCAAUAGGCAGACUGUUUAAAGAAAAUAUUUGA